UCCUCCAUGUAGCUUUCUCUUUAGUGCAGGGAGGAUGUUGGAGUUAAAAGGUGAAGAUAAGAAACAGCAAUGUCAUACUGAAGAGUGACCUGAAGACCGCAUCAACAAAUGCAAAGCCGUGCCAGAUGGACCGUACUUGUGGACACAGUAGACACAUGUCGGUCAACACCCUUGUAUUUUCUAUUGGUAAGGGUUAGGGUUAGGGUUAGGGUUAGGUACUGUGAGAUUAACAAGUGUUUGUCCUGAUCCGCCCCAAACACAGAGCCAAGCAGAACCUGUGAGUCUUCAACCGUUGGUCUGACCAACAAAACAAGCUUCCUUUUCUCCUCCCUACUCUGCAAAUUACAGGCCAUAGUUUAAGAAGGAUGUUCCAGGUGUUUAGUUUCCAUUAUGUUUCAAACAUGCUGCUACUUCCUUAUGGAAGAGGUAAUUGUUUAUUUGCUGAGCAGAUUGUCCACCUGUUAAUGAUUGUAUGCAGCGAGUAUAAUCAUGCGUAUGUUGUGUGUAAGCGCGUCUGUGCUCCCAUGUGUGGGGUAGAGAAAGUGUGUGUGUGUGUGUGUGUGAGCGUGUGUGUGUGUGUGUGUGUGUGUGUGUGACUGUCAAAGCCUGAUAUUAGUCUAGCAGUGUCAGAUGCUUGGUUGUCGUGGCAGCUGAUAUCCCCCCCCCCCCUCCCUGCACUGCUACUUAGCCACAGGAGGCUGGUGGAUGUAAAGAUGAGCUAACAAGAUGAUUCACUUCCCCCCGACAGGGCCAGCAAGCUGUUGCCAUUACAAUAAAUUGCUUUGGAAGUGAUUCUGUGCCAGCGAUGCAGUUCAAUAACAGCGGAGGGGGACAGUUGGGGAAAAAUUGGCAAACUUAAUAUCCUCUUGGAUGCUAAUUUGUUAAUUUAAAAAAAGGGGAAAUUCACAAAACAAAAUGCUUGGCGACCAUGUUCACUGAUGGAUUCUUUGACUCUAUUUUGCUGCAAUUUUUGUUUUGUUUGUCAUGCUGGUUUGCUGAGAACCCCAUAUGAGAGAUAUGAUGAUGCCUUGGACGGCUUUCAGAUGCUGCAUCAAAAACACUCAUGAACAGGCCUCAUAGGAAAUGCAGCAGAAGAUCAUUUCACCGGACCAUUCGUCCAUAUUGCACUGGUGAUCUAAUGCUUUUGGCAAACAGAAAAGCAGAAUAAAUGUGGCUAGGAAACAUGCAGCACAAAAGCUCCAAAAGAGAUAACAAAAUUACAAGAAUAUAGAAGAAAGUUCAAAGAGGAACAAUUAAUCAUCACAGUAUCUGUUUAGCUACACAUGACCAUGAGGUAGUAAAAUGUCAGAGUUUAUAAGUAAACAGUUGGACUUGAACGCAGGUACAACUUGUAAAAUUAGCAAUGCUGUAUAGCAUGUAGCAAGACUACAACAUGGAUAGAUGACUGGUAGUAGCACGAUUAUAAAGAUGCAGAUAUAUUUAGAAAGUGGAAUAUUAUAACAAGAUGUAGCUACAGACUUUUGACAGCAAGAACAAAAAUGGCAACUUUCCCUGAAAAUACAUAAUAACAUUACAUUUUUCAAUUUUUUAUAUUGCGCUUCUCUAAAAAUGCAAUACAUGCCAAUCAAACCUUGCUAUCACGUUUUCUGUCAAAAGUAGCCUAUUGUCUUAAAACCUGUUAGUUUGAGCAAAGUUUGACUUAAUAAAUGACUAACAGCCCUCUAAUGUUUCUAUUAUCGUUUUUUCAAUAAAAUGCCACUUGGCUCUUGUUACUGGCAGAUACAUAUAAUAUUUUGUUAGUUAGAAUUUAUUUCUCAUCUGUUAGACUGUAGGCCUACAAGAAACUAACUAGAAUCAUUUGCACCAUAUACAACGUUACAUAAAUCCACAACAAAUUAUCCUUAAGUUAGUCAUAUCCUGUUUAUAAUUACUGUAUUAAAUAUAUUACAAAUAAUUUGAGUCGAGUGUGAGCAGGACAUGAUUAAUUCCUCCGGUUUUAUUCACUUUUUUCUCUCAUCUUUCUCCCUGGCGAAACAGUGACACUAUUAUACACAAACAGAGAGCUAUCAUGCAACAGAGUACACGUAAACUGCCAAUCAGGGUCCCUGGUAACGACAACACUUCUCGCGAGAAGUGAGAACUUUAAUGGCGACGGAGCUGUUUUGCUAAGUUCCUGUUCGUGUGCAGGUUAUCUUAACAAAUACCGUCACGUUAUGUAUUUGCUUCAGUGUUGGAAGUUUUUCAUGACGACGAUAUCUUUUUGGAAUUGUUUGUGAUCUUCACAUUGCUUCACUGUAACUUUUUAUUUAUUUAUUUUAGCAAGAACGGGCAAACGUGACUUCCUCAUGAGCCUCAGUUUUAUAUUUCGCGGGUUUGUUUGUUUUUUAAUAGACGAUGUCUUUCCAAACCUUUGUGACAGAUUGGUAAUUUCAGUUAACGCUUGCUGCCGUCCAUUCAGAGUUUUAAACCAACAGUUAAAGAGUUGGUAAUGGUUUCUUGCGUGGUGCUGCGACAUCAGGCACAAGCAUGUCUCUGCUGUCCCUGGUGGAGGAGGCGAUCAAGUCUUACAAAUUGGAACAAGCCACGAUUGACGACAGUAUUCAGCUCUACAGAGAACUACUACAGACCCUAACGCCACAACCGAAGACGGGCUGUGAUGAGGCCCAGUGUGCAAAUGAUGCUGCUACAGAUACAGAUAUCUCACCAGGGGAAAAAGAAGAUAUGGAAUUGCUUGAACGAGCCCUGGAGAAAGCUCUUCGGGUCCGCACUGGCACAGGAUAUUCAAAAAAAGCCUCACUCAAACAAUCUCCAUCUCAAAAGAAACCCGGCACUACUGCUGUCGCAUGCAAAGGAAUGCAGGUCUCUGCAGCUUUUAAAGGAAAUCAGUCCACCUCCAGAUCCACCUCUAAAUCUGCCACCUCGAAAGAGCACAAAAGGUCUGCUCCGUCAGCGCCCUCCACACUGGGCUCAGAACCUUCAGCCAACCACGAUCCUGGACAGUGCCAAACCACGAUUAAUAGAAAGAUAACCCAGAAGUGCCCUUUGUCUUCAGACGGGGUUGUGCAUCGCCAGGCAGCAAGGAAAGGGUCAGGCUCUGUCGAUUUGGGUCAGAUCCACACCUCUACCCUCCACUCUAAAAAGAAGACUAUUAGAAGCAACACGUUGAGUGGACGUGAGCCGGGCCAAGCUGCAGCGAUUUCAGCUCUUUCAAAUAACAUGCUGCCCGUUUCACAAACAGAGGAACCCGCAGCUCACGGUUUACCUCAACGGAAUGGUUUGCCUUCGCUUCACGGCAGGACAGCUUCUGAACAGGCGGAAAAAUGGAAAUCUCUAAGGAGCCAGCAAAACAGGUUAUGGGACAAAGUUGCUGCCCUGCAAAGGAAACCUGUGCCUGGGAGGAGUCACUUCAUGGAGAGAAUGAGAGCUACGUUCCCGAGGGGUUGGCCAUGUGGUUCCCCAGAUCAGACCAGGUUUCUGGUCGACAGAUUGACUCGGCAAGGGCAUGAACUCAAUCAGAACUUUCAGACAACGGAACUUUUGGCCAAACAGACUCAAGAAUCAACAACAGAGCUGGGCGGUAAGGAAAAUGACUAUGAUUCCAGUCUGAGGUCUCCGAUGACAGCCGCGCAGCUCCGGAACGUCGCAAAGCAAGCGAAACAAGAGUGGGAAGCAUGGGAUCGAUGGAGGCCAGAACGAGGUUGUCUUUGCCCCACCGGGGCAAGUGGUGUGGGGGGAAACGGGACGAUUGCACCCCUGCCACCGACGAUAACCUACAGGACAGAGGCCGAACUCCGAGAGCUGGAGACGCUGAGGAUGAGGGUGUCACUGCUGCAGCAGGAGAUUUACCUCGAGCAGGCUAUAUUGGACACGCUGUCCCCUCAGCUUUCCUCCAUGAUACCCGGGCCUGGAUGUCCCAACCUCAGUGUGCUGAGAGACGUGUACUCCCUGCUCGGUGAGGGAGGGGAGCGGUCCCCUGCCAUAGUCCUGGACUCUGAGCCCGACUGACGGCAGAACAUGCAACACUGAGUUUUACUUUGUCUUCCUCCCCUUUCCAAACAUAAAUAAAAUCUGAUGCAAUCCAGUGUAA